GUGUCUGCCUGUUUAACUGCUACCAGUAGGACGCCAAGAAGACGUGUGGACCGCGCGCUGCCGCCAUGGCAUGUCCUUCUUCGUUUAUCAAGAUGAGCCCUUCUUCCGCUCGAGUCGUGACUUAACCCGAGGAAGGACAAUACUCCAUGCGAUUGCCAAGUUUAUUGCGGCGUGGUUGCGGCUAUAUCCAACAACAUCGGUUGGUCUUGUCAUGUGCUCUUCGACGCUUGUAUCCCGCAGCCCCGAGCAGGUCCGCCCGGACGGAAUAUCUAGUCUCUUCCAGUCAGGCAUAUCCCGCGAUGAGAAUGUGUUGCUUUUCCCCAUCUCUGAAGAUGAUAGCGUCGCUCGUUGGGUAGAGCAUACACACCGCCGGCCUCGGCAUUGCCGUGCACGAAGGACACGCGCGUUAGAACCUCCGGAACGCGUCGUCCGGUGCAAGCCUGGACUCGUGAGCACAACUCCAGUAAGCUUCUUUGAGCGGACCAUUGUUGGAACCAACUGCAAGACUCUCCGCCCGGGGGGGGGGCAGAAAAACGCCUAGAAUCUCUACCAAAAGAUGCAACAUUUCGGUCCUAUUAGCUUGGCGCUU